ACUUCCAUUCUCGCGGGUAGGAAAAAAGAAAGAAAAAACCCCUCAAACAAUUCAAAAACCGCCCAAUCUUUCAAUCCCUCAAUUGAACGAUUCCCAAUCAUCAACGACAAGCACAAGCACCUCCCCAAUCCAUCCUUCUCCUCCUCCCUCAUCUCCACUCCGCAAUGUUUCCGACAUGACGUGGAAGCCAACGUUUCGACCCUCUCAAGCAGAAUGUGAAUUGUGCUCUAUAACUGCACGGUGCGGUAACUCGCCGCCUGCCCUCUCGCUUGCUAUAGGUCCAAUCAAUAGGAUUUAUUCGUUCGCCCUACCCACGCGUGCCUACCUGCCAGCCAAACUGGCUAGACUUGGAGAGAAUUACGAGUGGGAAAUGGUAACCGCCCGAAAACAAAAGAGAGAAAAAAAAUAAAAAAAAUAGGUGGAUCAAACACCAAUCAUAAACAUUCCCAGUAUAUUUCGAAACUUGAGGGACAAUAACGAGAAGGAAGGAAGGGUGAAAAAAUAAGAAUAAAAAACGAAAGCGAGGGGAUAGAGGAAACGUGUACCCAGAAAAUGCUGCACAGGUAGACAGACGAGCGGACAGUUAGACAGACAUUCCAGCUGUCGGGGCGGUUUUGGAAUUGUUGGCCUGAGGGGGAGAAUGCCGUGAUGUGUAGAGAGUUAAAAGGGAAAUGUCUUCCUCUCCUUCGAUUCAACUCAGUUCAAUCCAGCAGGAGCAGGGGCGGAAUUAGCAGAGAAUCCUCUCCUCCCCUUCCAUACCGGUAGAUAAUCACUCCCACCGUCCAACCUACCAAGCAUUUCCCCUGAUUCACCCCGCCUCUCCAAGCGAGCGAGGAAGAGGAGAAAAAGAAGAAAAGAGAACCGGCAUGUCCCCCACCAGCACCUCCUUCAACUCCUCCCUGCGGCUCGUCCUCCUGAACAUCUCAAUCCUCUCCUACAUCUCAACCUACAAGUCCGCCGAGUCGAUACCUUUCCUAGUCAGCGCGGCUCACAUCUGGAUACUCGUAUCCAGCAUAUUGGCGUUCCUGCUGUGCUUCCCCAAGUAUUACUCCCCGAGCACAUGUUUUCGCAGCAUGGCUUCGUGAGCGUGAGCGAGGUUUGGGAGGAGGGACAUGGCGGAAGCCAUUACCGGUAGGUGAGUGAAUGGGUUUGUGGGUUUGGUUCUGUCUGUUUGGUAGACCAGGAACUCGGCUAACAGCGUGUGUGUGUGCACGUGCGGUGCAGAUCCGGAAAGAUUUUGGUUUGUCGGUUGCUGGGGAUUGCCGGGUCGUGCCGUGGACGGGAUUGCGCGGGUGUUUUCCCUGUUGGUUUGCUUUCUUUUUCCCAUCUCUUGACGGGAAAGGAGAGCGAGAGACAGACAGACCUGCAGAGAAAGAACCCCCAGAAUCUCUGAUCCUUCGGCACAUGCUGUAUCGAUUCCCGACCCCAGCCUCCUGGAGUGGGGAAUAAGGAAAUAUUCUCCGGAAGAUAACGAAGACGCGCUCACUUUCCCACUGGAACCAAGUUCCUGACUUGAACUGGCGAAACGAGCGGGCGAAGGCUGAAGGGUGCGAUGGACGAACACGGCCGGCACUAUUCUCUUUGUCUGCUUGUUUCGACGGGUCAAUGCACAGGAUAUUUACGUUUUUCGAGAGUAGGAUGUGGGAAAAAGGGCUGGCUGGCUGGUCCCCAUUCCGCCUCCCCCUUUUAUGAUAUGUAUAUAUCGGGUGGUGUUUUUUUCUUUUCUUUUUCACUUCUCCCGUUUUCAAUUCCUUCUUUGUAGUUUAGACAAGCGAGUGAUCUGAGGUGAGUUUGGCGUUUUAUUGGGAUUUUUCUCUUUUUUCUUUGGGGGGGGGGGGGAGGUUGGUGUUAUGGGGUUCAUCAGAAGCUGAGGUUUUUAUUUUUAUGUUUUCACUAGAGCUUUCUGGUCCGAUGGGUGGGUGUAUGUAUGCGCGGUGGAUGGGAUUCCAGGGUCUUUUCAACUGCUUAUGGUGGAUCGUAUGAUUUGGCGUUUUGAACCGGGUAUUCUACUGUACUAGUAUAGCUGCGUUAUAAAGUUCUCAUGCUCCACCUUGCGCCUCAAGAACUAUGCCCAUUAACAACCACAGAACAGAAAUAGCCCUUUAGAUGACUGUUUUUGGAUAUGCCCCCAAGGGUAUUGUAGGCUUUUGUCACAAUUUUGUUGCUUUUUUACUGAAUAACAUGAAAGAAAGUGAGGGUCAGCUAAGAGUUCCCAAAGACUGGGGGAUAAUUGGAAGGGUAUGAGAACUUUAGGGACGCAGCUGCAGGGAAUUUUUUUUUUUUGUGGUUAUUGUUUGUAUCAUAUCACACUGCGGGAUUUAUAAGAGGGGUAUGUAUAAAAAGAGCUACGAUACUUGCCCGGUGUGUUAUGAUAUAGUAUCAUAACUCUUCAGCAGAGGGACCGUCAGGGGGGUUCUCUCUCUAACGGAGUCCGACUAUCAGAGUAGGGAGCGCAAGUUAAUUUAAAGCCGAGUAGGCUGAAAUAAGGGUAUCACGGGUUUGGGGAUAAACUAGGGAGCAUGAAGCCUUCUUCACCGAUCAGGGAUCAUGGUGGAAGAAGUGCGAGGGUCCAGAGUUGGAUCGGAGCAUCUAGCUUGGUCCUGGCUCGCACUGCUGUUUAGGUGCCGCAAUUCGAUUCCAAGUCUAGCCCCGAGCACUACUGCAACCUUGAUCCAUUAGCCAAACUUCUAAUGGUGCUGUUUUUUCUUCUUUUUUUCUCCCUUUGCUGCUGAUGCGGAUACUAAGGUCAAUAGGGUUCGGAGGACAUACCGGUAAUCAUUGUCUCCGGGGGAGGGGGACCUAUAGGUGCGGUGGAGAUAGUUUUCCGGUUUUUGCUGACACAUUAUAGUGAGUCGUGUAGGGUGAGGUUGGGGUGCUUAUGGUCAAGCAUCAACACCACCAAUCAAUCACCUUCGACUUCACCCUAUAUCUCAUCACCCCAGCAUCACCCCCACCGCCAUCUUCGGCGAGGAUGGGAAAAAACUACCGAUAUCUGUAAUAAAUUCCCAUGAUAUGCCGUCGUAGGGCUUUUCGAGCAUUUGUCUCGGGUCCCGAAUCUACAAUUCCAAUCCUAGUCUCUGCACUAGCCCUUCCGCAAGAUUUCUGCCCGCUCCUGUUGGGCCUCUCUUCCUCUCCCCAUUCCUCCGAUAAUCGGUUCGAUGGUCCCAGAUUCAGAGUAACGCCAUCCCCUCUCUCUUUAGAGUGCAUCUCACCUGUUUGACGGGCUCAAUCUUUUUUGCCUGCUGCGGGAAACUUUUCCUGUUCUCACCCCCCCGCCUUCGUUCCGUACCCAUAGAAUAGCAUAGAUGGAGUCUGCGUUGUUAGCAAUAACUGGGCCGGACUAGUAUUAAAGGGUGGAGGAUAAGAAGGAGGGGGGGGGCAGCACAUACAAGACCAUAUGGUGCCACUUCAAACUCAUCACUCAUGCAAACCCGCGGUCUUGAGGAAGAACACAUUUCUCCCUUGUUUGUGGGAAUAUUUAGUCCGUACUUCCUUGGGCAGGGGAAAAAAUAAGAAGGAAAGGGUGAGGAAAAGGAAAGAAGGGGCAAAGUUUAAUUCCUGAUACUACGACCACCUGCUUAGUAUUAUACGAUAUCUUUUAGAAUCUCGCUCCCACAGCCACAUCCAUACAUUAAAUUUCCAUAACCAAAAGCAUUCCUUAACGCAUUCCUUCUCCCCCUCCUCUCAUUUGGUUCACUCCGCACCAUAUGACGAGCACUCACUUCGACGUUAUUAUAGUUGGAGCCGGUGUGUGAGAACCUUCCACUCUCUC